AUGUCUUACGCUGAUCAGCCCUCGUCGCCCGGCAUGUCGUCGCCCCGUCGACUGACCAACAGGAACACCAACCGGUACAGCGUUACCGCCCUGUUUAGUAUGGCGGCGGAGCAGGAUGUUGAGGUUGAGGAUGAGUUGGCACGAGCCCAGAAACGCCUUCGCGAUCUCAAGGGCAAGAUCUCUGCGCAGUCGAAGAAGAAUUUCGUUCUCGAGCGAGAUGUGCGGUACCUUGACUCCCGUAUCGCUCUUCUCAUCCAGAAUCGAAUGGCAUUAGACGAACAACGAGAGGUGGAACGAACCCUUGAAGAGGUUGAUCCGACAGAAGGCCAUUAUCCCGACGACCGAAAACUCCAGCAGUACUCCAACUUGUUUUUCCUUCUCCAGUCGGAGCCACGGCAUAUUGCGGCACUAUGUCGUCUCGUCUCACUCUCCGAAAUUGACACCCUCCUCCAAACUGUUAUGUUUACCCUUUACGGUAACCAGUACGAAAGCAGAGAAGAGCACCUUCUCCUCACGAUGUUCCAGAGCGUACUUUCCGCUCAAUUCGAAACCGCCACCGAAUUCGGCUCCCUGCUUCGCGCCAAUACCCCUGUUUCUCGCAUGAUGACGACUUAUACCCGCCGUGGCCCUGGACAAAGUUAUCUCAAGAGCGUGCUCGCCGAACGUAUCAAUAGUUUGAUUGAACACAAGGACCUCAAUCUCGAAAUUAAUCCCGUGAAGGUGUAUGAACAAAUGAUAAAUCAAAUUGAAGAAGAAACGGGCUCUCUGCCGCCCAAUCUACCCAGAGGAGUCGCUCCGGAAGUGGCUGCAGAGAAUCCUGAUGUCCAGGCCAUUAUUGCACCUCGUUUGACAAUGCUCAUGGAAAUUGCCAACAGUUUCUUGUUGACCAUCAUCGAGAGUAUGGAGAGCGUGCCUUACGGAAUUCGGUGGAUUUGUAAACAGAUUCGCAGUUUGACACGACGCAAAUAUCCUGAAGCUACUGACUACGCCAUCUGUUCACUCAUCGGCGGUUUCUUCUUCCUGCGGUUCAUCAACCCAGCAAUUGUCACACCUCAAGCAUACAUGCUUGUUGAGGGUGUUCCCGCGAAGCACCCUCGUCGAACACUUACGCUCAUCGCGAAAAUGUUGCAAAAUCUAGCAAACAAGCCUUCUUACGCCAAGGAGGCCUACAUGAUGACUCUCAACCCCUUCGUUGAAAAUAACAAGGCUCGCAUCAACCAGUUCCUCAACAACUUGUGUGAAGUCGGGGAUUUCUAUGAUACUCUUGAGAUGGAUCAAUACAUGGCCUUAUCGAAGAAGGAUUUGAUGAUCCACAUCACAAUGAACGAGUUAUACAACACUCAUUCGCUGAUCCUCCAGCACAUUGAAACAUUGUCCCCGAAUGACAAGCAACACCUGCGUAUCCUCACGGACGAGCUUGGCCCUGCACCGGCGCAAGUACCGCGUAAGGAAAAUCGGACAAUCGAACUCAACUUAUACAGCCGAUGGGAGACACCAGUCCAUGACAUUCAGAGCGCGCUCAUGGACUCAGUAUCCUCCAGCGACAUGCUCUACAUGGAGACUAAAUCCAUCUUCGUGCAACUGAUCCGUUCUCUUCCCCAUGCCGCCGAAAAGCGACCGUACAACCUCGCCGCCAUCGCCGAGCGCGCAGCUACAACUAAGGAUGCUGUUCUCGUCCGGAAGGGCAUCAAGGUGAAGGAGAUGCUUCGGGAGCUGGAGGAGCAGAAGAUCGUCGAAGCUACGGAUGGAUACAAGCUUAUGCAGGAGGAAGUUGCUGCUGAGCUCGUCCAUCUUGGAAAUCUUCGCGAGAAGGUGUUGCUCGAGACCAAGUCGCUGGAGGCCGUGUACAAGACGAUCUGCGACCACAACAACUACCUGCGGUCACAAUUGGAACAGUACAAGGCGUAUCUGCAGAAUGUGCGUCUCACGGCGUCGAAGGAUAAGGGCAGCACGACGGGUGUGGGUGUUGUCACAGUGGGCGGCAAGGAGAAGAAGCCUUUGAAGGCAGUAGUUCUGGGCCCUUACCGAUUCACGCAUGCACAGCUCGAGAAGGAGGGUAUCAUCGUUGAGAGUAAUGUGCCUGAUAAUCGCCGUCCAAAUAUCUAUUUCAAUAUCACAUCUCCCACCCCCGGAACCUUCAUCAUCGCACUGCACUACAAAGGCAGAGAGAAAGCUAUUCUGGAGAUGGACUUGAAAAUUGAUGAUUUGCUGGAGAAGCAAAAAGACAACAAGCACUUGCUGGACUUGGAGUAUGUUCAAUUGAACGUGCCCAAAGUUUUGGGCCUCCUUAAGAAAGUCUUCGCUAAGCGAUGA